AUGGAAUCUCGUAUCCAUGCGAUUUGGAAACCAGUUGGGCAGCUUCAGCUGGUGGACCUCGAUAAUAAUUAUUUCCUAGUCCGUUUUACUGAUGAAAAAGACUUCAAUAAAGUUCUCACUAACGGACCUUGGGUGAUAUUUGAUAGUCAUAUGACAGUACAACCGUGGAGUCGCUCGUUUAAGACAUCCGAAAAGUAUCCUUCACAUGUUAUUGUCUGGUUACGGCUCCAAGCUUUAUUUCGACGUAUUGCUUCAUUUAUUGGACGAGUUGUAAAAAUCGACUAUAACAUUAACGGUGGGGAGUGUGGAAAAUUCGAGAGGCUUGCUAUCCUUUUAGAUUUGAAUAAGCCGGUACUGUCUUCAUCUAUUAAUGGGAACUUACAAAGACUGGAAUAUGAUGGUUUACAACAAGUGUGUUUUAAGUUUGGUGUUUACGGCCAUGCGAAAGAUCACUGUGGAAGGUCGAUGGCCAAGAUAGGCAAUUCGGAAGGUGAUAAAAACACUCUUUUGGAAUCUAGUGACCCGAACAAGGUGGAAGAUACAGAAGCGAACCUGUUCGGGUCGUGGAUGAUUGUUGAUACUAGGCGUCGCAAAAAGGUCGUUAAUAGUGAUGCAACGAAGUUGACUAUGGUUCCAAAUGUUUGUUCUUGA